AUGACUUAUUCUCCGCAUGGAAGUCAUACUCGGGAUGAAAAGGGAGACAUGAUUCAAGCUUCUAGAAUGAUUAUUGAAGAAAAUCGGUUUUUCCAUGGUCAGUUCCUCGAAAAAGAAUGGAAAACUAGAGCUUUGGUGUGUCAAAUUUGGGAUUAUUAUCCCAAAAGAAAACCUGAACUAAUUCUGGGCAUGGAAGUCAUCAUCGUGGAUGAAAAGCAACAAAAAGACUACCGUGAUGACAUGAUAUGA